UGAAGUCGAUCUGCCAGACGAGCGUCUUCAGUCGACCGGCGAACGUUCGAAAGGUAAUAGCUGUGUCGUCGUGCACCCACACUUAAACCACGAGUCUCUCGUACACCACGUGCUGUUUGACACACACCAUAUGACAUAAGUCUUGACGGAUUUCUUCAUUUAACAUCGCGACUGUUAUCAGCGACGGUGUACUCGCGGACCUACCACAUAAUAUAUUGAUCUUGGGUUUUUUUUUUUUUUUUUUAUCUACCGAGAAAACGAAUUUUUUCCCGAGGGGAUUGUUUAGUAUAUUGUUUUAUCAUUCAUGCGAUUGCGAACAAAAUGACACAACUGAGUAGAAAAGCUGUCCGCAUAGCAGUUUUAUACACGUUUACAAUCGUGCAGCUGUUGCCACUGCAUUCGUCCGCGGUCGGCGAUAAUACCGGCACGACCAAUGCACCGUCGGGAGCCGAAUUCCUCCACAGCGUCAUUGGCAACAUGCAACGGCCUAACCGCAAGGUGUUUAACGAUCGAAUCGACGUCCAAGAAUACAUACCCGACGAUAUUCCGUACAACCCACCUUCUGACGAGAUAAAAAUGCUGUCGAAACAACCGUUCCAUUUCAACAAUCAGGCAAACCGUCCUUUUCAGACCGAUGCCAACAAAAACAAAGUGGAGUUAUUACUUUCACAAAUAGCGCCUCAGUUUUUAAAAAACGAAUUUGCCGAAUCACAAAAUCGAAUAGUUACUCAAGAAGCUCCACAACAGUUUAAUCCGGUUCCCAACAGUCCACAAAAUAUAAUUGACGCUCUUACGAGUGACACGGCGCAAAGACCACCAGACGGCAUGAUUUCCGGAUAUAAUUAUUUCUUUUACCCGCUGGACAACAAGGUGCUGCAGCAGAUGCAAAACGGCAAUCAGAUGACGUCGACGACGGCUGCGGCGGACUCAGAACCGGCCAAGUCUGAAAACCAUGCGGCCGCCAAGCCCCGGGUGGAGCCUCUGUUCGUGGCCAUGGCCGGAUUCGUGGGCGUUGCGGUGGUGUUCCUCAGUGCGCUCAUGUUCAUACCGAUAUUGCCGAUACACGCGCUCACUUCUAAGGCGGCGUUGAAACGUGCCCCCGAAGAGCUGGCCUCAUUAACUAAGCUCGUCGCCGAAUCCAUCGACGGCAAAGACUGCAGCGAAAGGAUAGCGUGCGAGGUCGGCAGGGCCAUGCGGUCCAUGCGGGUGGGCAACAAACCCAUCAGAAUGAUGGAAAUUAUACUACCACCAGCGGUUGCAAAACAGCUAGCUCAAAUAAGAAGGUCUGCAUCAAAGAAAGAACAGUGUCAUUUCAUCAUGUGCAAAAAGACUGAGGGUACAUUGCAAUUGGUGGCGAAACUAAAGAAAUCUAAUAAUUUUAAAACUAAUCACAACAAAACUAUUCACGAUGUUAGAGAAAUUUUUAACAUUUAAGACAGACCAUUUUUGGAAAUUAAUUUAUUCUAGAUGUUAAGUAAAUUAUUGUAUGUUUUUAGGAUUACAAAGAUAAUUAAAUAAUAAAUAUUUUAGUUAUACCAAGGCUGGGCAAGUUACUUUUUCCCCACUAUAUUGUUUUAAAAUAGAAAUUAAUUCAGUUAAGCUUUUAAUUAUGUAUUCGAGUUAAAAAAUAAUUUAACUAGUUAACGGAUACGAGUAAAAAUUACUUUCUUCACUAUAAAAAAUUUACAUUAGGGUAAUUUACAAUGAAUUUGUUUCAUGAUUCAAACCAAAAACCAUAAAAAAAUUACGCCUAUAUAAAA